AGGGCAGUCGGACGGCCCAAAGGGAAACUGGGCACCGCUUCUGCGGUGAAGCUCGCAGCUAAUCGGACAACCGCUGGAGCACGUCGGAGGAGGACGCGAUGCCGCAAGUGCGAAGCGUGUCUGCGGACAGAGUGCGGCGAGUGUCACUUCUGCAAAGACAUGAAGAAAUUUGGGGGACCUGGCAGGAUGAAACAGUCCUGCAUCAUGAGGCAGUGUAUUGCGCCGGUGUUGCCUCAUACUGCUGUGUGUCUGGUGUGCGGAGAGGCUGGGAAGGAGGACACUGUGGAAGAGGAGGAGAGCAAGUUUAAUCUCAUGCUAAUGGAAUGCUCCAUUUGUAAUGAAAUCAUACACCCAGGAUGCCUUAAGGUGAAGGAAUCGGAUGGUGUGGUUAACGAUGAGCUGCCGAACUGCUGGGAGUGUCCAAAGUGCAACCAUGCAGGGAAAACUGGAAAACAAAAGCGCGGACCAGGAUUCAAAUACGCAUCAAAUCUCCCAGGCUCAUUGCUGAAGGAACAGAAAAUGAACAGAGACAACAAGGAAGUAACAGAUGCUGCAAAACGGAAAGGGGAUUGUGAAGAAACUCCCAGGCGGAAAUCGGAGGAACAUUCCAAAAAGACUCAAGUUGACUCAAUACUGAGGAGAAAGUCAGACGAAGUGCAUCUGUGGAGGAAAAGGAAAUCUGAGAAACCCCAGGAACCCACUAUGAGAAAGCGGCGGCGAUCAUGGAAGGCUUCAGAUGACCGCACUGCCAUGAUCAAGCCCCUGCGGCGCCUGAAGCAGGAGCCGGAGGAUGACCUGCCAGAAGCACCUCCCAGGUCCAAGGAUAGCGACCAGUCACGGUCCAGCUCGCCCACUGCAGGUCCCAGCACGGAGGGUGCUGAGCCCAGGGACAAGAAGAAGUUCAAGAUGAGGAGGAAAAGGCGGCUUCCCAAUAAGGAACUGAGCAAGGAGCUCAGUAAGGAGCUCAACCAGGAGAUCCAAAAAACCGAGAACAGCCUUGCCAAUGAGAAUCACCAACCCAUCAAAUCUGAACCCGAGAGCGAGAAUGAGGAACCUAAACGUGCUUUGAACAACAGCGAGAGACUCCAUAGGUUCAGCAAAGGGUUAAACGGGACUCCCCGGGAACUGCGGCACCAGCUCAUCCCCAGCCUGCGAAGCACACCUCGGGGAAUAACCCGGCCACCGCCUUCGCUCUCUCCUCCCAAAUGCAUUCAGAUGGAACGGCACGUUAUCCGGCCGCCUCCCAUCAGCCCCCCUCCGGACUCGCUCCCCCUGGAUGACGGGGCAGCCCACGUGAUGCAGCGGGAAGUCUGGAUGGCUGUCUUUAGCUACCUCAGUCAUAGAGACUUGUGCAUCUGUAUGAGAGUUUGCAAGACCUGGAACAGAUGGUGCUGUGACAAAAGAUUAUGGACCAAAAUAGAUUUAAACCAUUGUAAAUCCAUCACUCCACUUAUGCUUAGUGGCAUUAUUAGGAGACAGCCUGUAACCCUUGAUCUUAGCUGGACAAAUAUAUCUAAAAAGCAGCUGAGUUGGCUUAUCAACAGACUGCCAGGUCUUCGAGACCUGCUGUUAUCAGGGUGCUCGUGGAUAGCAGUGUCGGCACUUUGUAGUUCCAGUUGUCCUUUACUACGAACUCUGGACGUGCAGUGGGCAGAAGGCCUGAAAGACGCACAAAUGAGAGACCUCUUGUCACCGCCCACAGAUAACCGGCCAGGCUGCAACGGGUGUACUUUAGAGAGUAUGGAAACACUUUCUUCCAGUUCAGGGAAGGAGCAGUUCUGUGGGUCAUGCCACAUUCGCCCGGAUCUCAGCUCAGGUCAGAUCGACAACCGGAGUAAACUACGGAACAUCGUUGAGCUGCGUUUGGCUGGCCUGGAUAUCACAGAUGCUUCUUUGCGGCUGAUCAUAAGGCACAUGCCUCUGCUCUCCAAACUCAAUCUUAGUUACUGUAAUCACGUGACAGAUCAGUCUAUUAACCUGCUGACCGCGGUUGGAACCACCACGCGGGAUUCGUUAACAGAAAUUAAUUUAUCAGACUGCAAUAAGGUUACUGACCAGUGCCUGUCUUACUUCAAACGUUGUGGAAACAUCUGCCAGAUCGACCUGAGGUACUGCAAGCAAGUGACAAAAGAAGGCUGUGAGCAGUUCAUAGCAGAGAUGUCAGUAAGUGUUCAGUUCGGGCAAGUGGAAGAAAAACUUCUGCAAAAACUGAGUUAGUUAAAGGACACGUGUAAAUACUGGGGCAAGGGGGGGUUGGGACUGAGAACACGUAGGGAUUUUAUUUUCAAUUGGGAUCUUGGAAUAUUGGAAAAUACCGCGAUUGGAUUUUACAACUCUUGUCGAGGAGAGAACAAUGUGAAACUACCCAUGAUAAGAAUUUCAACUUGUGCCACUAAUUCAGUCUACCUGGGAUGUCCUGCACUGGCUCUUAUGCAAAUUUCAUAAGGCGACUGUUAUUGAUGAUAAUUGUUCAUACCCAGAAGACGACUGAUCUCCAAGAAAUACUGUUAUUUAAAGUACCACAGCAUGUGCUUGGUAGUGUAAAUUUGAUUUCUGCUUUUCAUUUCUUAAAACAACAACAAAAAAAAAUGUUGGUGUCAUUAAAGUGGACCAUACACUGCAUUUCUGCCUUCUUAACACGUUUUGUUUUGUUACAUCUUACAUUAUGCAGAACUAUUUUUGUACAAAAAUUGUUUAAAAAUUAUUUAUGCAAUGUUUGAAUGCAUUACCAGUGUUUUGGUUUUGAUUGCCAAUUUUUAUCUUUACUUAUGGUAGGCGAGAACUUAACCUAUACUUCGUAGACAGUAUCUAUCUACAAACGUGCCCAGGUCAGGAAAAGUAGGUUAAUACUUUCAACUUAAAGCAUGUUUUAAUGGAAGUUUAUAUCCUGCUUUGUAUACUUCAGAAGUGACAUAAGCAUGUUGUGGAAAUAAGGUGUAAAUUAUAGUUGAAGUAAAACACUUUGCCAAGUUUUAUCUGUAUAGAAAUCACCUUUUUCUCAAAAUUUUAAAGAAUUCCAAUUUCAGCUUUUGCACAUAGGAGGGUUUC